CCGGUCCGGCAACGGGAGGAACCGGCGGCCCAGCGCUGCCCGGCGCCGUGCCUCGGGCACCUGCCUGGCGCACGGCGGGCGACUGAAAGAACCCAGAGAGCUCGGCCCGUUGUCCCGUUCUCUAACAACAGCCUGUGCCGGAGCCGGGAGAAGGCGACCAUUUCAAUUCUCCGCCGGACUGGGAUUUUUCUUCUCACAAUUUGGGGAAGCCCGAGUGGAGGUCAGAGGGGCAGGCGAGGAUCUCAAAAAGAGGCCGAGGGCUGUGAACGUGGUCACCCCCUCCCCUAUUGCUGGAAAAUCUCCUUGACAUUUUUUACACUUUGAAGCAGCUGCAGCUGGUGUCGUCGGAAAAGGGGGUGGGAAAAAAGAGAGGGGGCGGGGAGAGCACGGAGACACAGCCAAGAGCCAGGAGCAGCGCCUCCUCGCCUGCCAAUCCUGGCACCUGUUCACCGAGCCACUGCACCGAGGAGGACCCCACUCCGGGCGAACCCUGGGCUCGAAGCUACGGACACUCAGCCCCUGGGCAGCGGGUUCUCGCCGGAGGGACCUGCAACCGCCCACUCGGCCGCCGCCUGCAGCCGCGGGAGCGCACUGCCCCUCCGAACCGCCCGCUGCGCCCCGGUCCCCGGGGAUCCUCGCCCAGGAGAGGCGCGGCAGCGGGCAGGGGGUGUUACGGAGUUGGGUGCAAGAUUCGCCUUUUCUGCUCGGAUCUUCUCCGCCCAGGAUUCAUUGUCUGUGGAGCCUUCUGGGGGUGGGGAGGGAGCUGCGCCUCCGCCACCGCCGCUGCCUCUUCUGCUGCGGUCGCUAGCGCGGCGCGCAGGGCAGGCGGAAGCUGGGCAGUGGAUGCGCUCCUGCCUCCCCCGCCAGCGCUUCGGGCUUCCCCUCGGCUGCUUCCCGCCGGAACCUCUCCAGGUGUCCACCUGAAGGGCACGGGCAUCAUGGUCUAACGUGGCACCUGCCUGGAAUCCCCUCUUUCUCCUCUUCUCCUCCUUCACCGCUCCUCUCCUCCGAGGAACCUCGUGCCCACUCCACUGCGGACCCCCGAACACUUUAAGGAAUAACCCUUGGCAGCUGCACGAUUCACUCUCUCCGGAACCUCAUGGGCUGUUUCUCCCGCCGGCGAUGAUGGAGAACCUAAUAAGGGGAAGGAAUCCCCCACAAUAUCAGAGAAGUCCUUGUAAAGAAGUUCGUGCAGCCCUUCGGAAGAGGCCUGAAGAGGAGUUGCAGUGCCUGGAGAUGACCACCAAGCGGAAAAUCAUCGGCCGUCUGGUGCCGUGCCGAUGUUUCCGAGGUGAAGAAGAAAUCAUCUCAGUUUUAGAUUACUCCCACUGCAGCCUUCAGCAGGUGCCAAAGGAGGUCUUUAACUUUGAACGGACAUUAGAGGAACUUUACCUAGAUGCCAAUCAAAUUGAAGAGCUACCAAAGCAAUUGUUCAACUGUCAAGCUCUAAGAAAACUAAGUAUUCCUGACAAUGACCUUUCAAAUCUGCCAACCACUAUUGCUAGUUUAGUUAACCUUAAAGAACUCGACAUCAGUAAAAAUGGUGUACAAGAAUUUCCAGAAAACAUAAAGUGCUGUAAGUGUUUAACAAUUAUUGAAGCCAGUGUCAAUCCCAUUUCUAAACUCCCUGAUGGCUUCACACAGCUUCUAAACCUGACCCAGCUCUACCUGAAUGAUGCCUUUCUUGAAUUUCUUCCAGCCAAUUUUGGAAGACUUGCCAAAUUGCGGAUAUUGGAGUUAAGAGAAAAUCACUUGAAAACUCUACCAAAGUCAAUGCACAAACUGGCCCAGUUGGAAAGACUUGACCUUGGCAAUAAUGAAUUCAGUGAGCUGCCUGAAGUUCUGGAUCAAAUACAAAAUUUAAGGGAGCUGUGGAUGGAUAAUAAUGCAUUGCAAGUGCUACCUGGGUCUAUAGGGAAGUUAAAGAUGUUGGUAUACCUGGAUAUGUCAAAAAACAGAAUAGAAACAGUUGACUUGGACAUUUCUGGAUGUGAAGCCCUGGAGGACCUCUUACUGUCAUCCAAUAUGUUGCAACAGUUGCCUGACUCUAUAGGUUUGUUGAAAAAACUAACUACUCUGAAAGUAGAUGACAAUCAACUUACAAUCCUACCCAAUACAAUCGGAAAUUUAUCUUUAUUAGAAGAAUUUGACUGUAGCUGUAAUGAACUGGAGUCACUACCUUCUACUAUUGGCUACCUUCACAGUCUUCGAACGUUAGCAGUCGAUGAGAAUUUCCUUCCAGAAUUACCCAGAGAAAUUGGAAGCUGUAAGAAUGUAACAGUUAUGUCUCUACGCUCCAAUAAACUGGAAUUUCUUCCUGAAGAGAUUGGACAGAUGCAGAAAUUAAGAGUCUUAAAUUUGAGUGACAACAGAUUGAAGAAUUUACCAUUCUCAUUUACCAAACUUAAGGAGCUUGCAGCUUUGUGGCUUUCUGACAAUCAGUCCAAAGCCCUUAUCCCUUUACAAACUGAAGCCCAUCCAGAAACAAAGCAAAGAGUAUUGACUAACUACAUGUUUCCACAGCAACCUCGUGGUGAUGAAGAUUUCCAGUCAGACAGUGACAGCUUUAACCCUACACUGUGGGAAGAACAGAGACAACAACGCAUGACUGUUGCCUUUGAAUUUGAAGAAAAAAAGGAAGAUGAUGAAAAUGCUGGGAAAGUUAAGGAUCACUCCUGCCAAGCCCCCUGGGAAAGGGGCCAGCGUGGGAUUACUCUCCAACCUGCCAGACUGUCUGGCGAUUGCUGCACACCAUGGGCCAGGUGUGAUCAGCAGAUCCAAGAUAUGCCCGUCCCCCAGAAUGACCCACAGCUGGCAUGGGGUUGUAUAAGUGGCCUCCAGCAGGAAAGGAGCAUGUGUACUCCAUUGCCAGUUGCAGCACAAUCCACCACUCUUCCCUCUCUAAGUGGCAGACAGGUUGAAAUAAACCUAAAACGAUAUCCAACUCCUUACCCAGAGGAUUUAAAGAAUAUGGUAAAAUCUGUUCAAAAUCUGGUGGGUAAGCCAAGCCAUGGAGUGCGUGUUGAGAAUUCAAAUCCAACUGCUAACACGGAGCAAACUGUGAAAGAAAAAUACGAACACAAGUGGCCUGUAGCCCCAAAGGAGAUUACAGUGGAGGAUUCUUUUGUUCAUCCAGCUAAUGAAAUGAGGAUUGGGGAACUUCACCCUUCAUUAGCUGAGACCCCUCUGUACCCACCCAAACUUGUUCUGCUAGGGAAGGACAAAAAAGAAUCAACAGAUGAGUCUGAAGUUGACAAAACUCACUGUCUGAAUAACAGUGUUUCCUCAGGCACUUACUCAGACUACUCGCCUUCCCAGGCUUCCUCAGGAUCCUCUAACACCCGGGUUAAAGUGGGGUCCUUGCAGACAACAGCUAAAGAGGCAGUACAUAAUUCUUUGUGGGGUAACAGGAUUGCACAAUCUUUCCCACAGCCUCUUGAUGCAAAGCCAUUGCUCAGCCAGCGGGAGGCUGUCCCCCCAGGGAAUCUACCACAGCGUCCUGACCGGCUGCCAUUGAGUGACACUUUCACUGACAACUGGACUGAUGGCUCACAUUAUGAUAACACCGGGUUUGUUGCAGAGGAAACCACAGGCGAGAAUGCCAACAAUAAUCCUCUCCUGAGUUCAAAAUCUAGAAGCACAUCUUCUCAUGGACGCAGGCCUUUGAUUAGGCAGGACAGGAUUGUUGGUGUUCCCCUGGAACUUGAGCAGUCUACACACAGACACACACCAGAAACAGAAGUGCCUCCUUCCAAUCCUUGGCAGAAUUGGACCAGAACCCCUAGUCCUUUUGAAGACAGGACUGCUUUCCCUUCCAAAUUAGAGACAACCCCUACCACCAGCCCAUUGCCUGAAAGGAAAGAACAUAUAAAAGAAUCUGCUGAAAUACCUAGUCCUUUUUCUCCAGGAGUACCAUGGGAGUAUCAUGAUUCUAAUCCCAACAGGAGUCUCAGUAAUGUCUUUUCUCAAAUCCACUGCCGCCCAGAAUCUUCUAAAGGUGUUAUUUCAAUUAGCAAAAGCACAGAGAGGCUUUCCCCACUAAUGAAAGACAUCAAGUCCAAUAAAUUCAAGAAGUCACAGAGUAUCGAUGAGAUUGACGUUGGUACAUACAAGGUUUAUAAUAUACCAUUAGAAAACUAUGCUUCUGGGAGUGAUCACUUAGGAAGUCACGAACGACCUGACAAAAUGUUAGGACCAGAGCACGGUAUGUCCAGUAUGUCUCGAAGCCAGUCAGUCCCGAUGCUGGAUGACGAGAUGCUCACUUAUGGAAGUUGUAAAGGGCCACAACAACAAAAAGCUUCCAUGACAAAAAAAGUCUAUCAAUUUGACCAAAGCUUCAAUCCCCAAGGAGCAGUGGAGGUUAAAGCUGAAAAGAGGAUACCGCCCCCCUUUCAACACAAUUCUGAGUACGUGCAACAGCCGGGCAAAAACAUCACCAAGGAUUUGGUUAGUCCUAGAGCUUACAGAGGAUACCCACCGAUUGAGCAAAUAUUUUCAUUUUCUCAGCCAUCUGUUAAUGAGGAUGCUGUGGUAAAUGCCCAGUUUGCAAGCCAAGGUGCCAGGGCAGGCUUCUUGAGAAGAGCUGACUCCCUGGCGAGUUCCACAGAAAUGGCCAUGUUUAGAAGGGUCAGUGAACCUCAUGAGCUGCCUCCGAAUGAUAGGUACGGCAGACCUCCAUAUAGGGCAGGUCUGGAUCGCCAAAGCAGCGUUUCAGUGACUGAGUCCCAGUUCCUGAAAAGGAAUGGCAGGUAUGAAGAUGAACACCCUUCAUAUCAAGAAGUGAAAGCUCAGGCGGGAAGUUUUCCAGUUAAAAACCUUACCCAAAGGAGGCCAUUGUCUGCAAGAAGCUACAGUACAGAGAGUUAUGGUGCCUCCCAAACCAGGCCAGUUUCAGCUAGGCCUACUAUGGCAGCUCUUUUGGAAAAAAUACCAUCUGACUAUAACUUGGGUAACUAUGGUGACAAGCCAUCAGAUAACAGUGAUAUAAAGACGAGGCCUACUCCUGUGAAGGGAGAGGAGAGCUGUGGUAAAAUGCCUGCAGACUGGAGACAACAGCUGCUUAGACAUAUAGAAGCUAGAAGGUUAGACAGGAAUGCUGCUUACAAACACAGCACAGUUAACCUUGGCAUGCUGCCCUAUGGAGGUAUUUCAGCAAUGCAUGCAGGCAGAAGCAUGACUUUAAACUUGCAGACUAAGUCUAAAUUUGAUCUACAAGAACUACCUCUUCAGAAAACCCCGUCCCAGCAAAGCAACAUUUUAGACAAUGGACAAGAAGAUGUAUCUCCUAGUGGCCAGUGGAAUCCUUAUCCUCUUGGGAGGCGGGAUGUACCUCCGGACACCAUUACUAAAAAGGCAGGCAGCCACAUCCAGACCUUGAUGGGGUCCCAGAGCCUUCAACAUCGUAGCCGGGAGCAGCAGCCAUAUGAGGGAAACAUAAACAAAGUGACCAUCCAGCAGUUUCAGUCACCAUUGCCUAUUCAGAUCCCCUCUUCACAGGCCACCCGGGGACCUCAGCCUGGACGGUGCUUAAUUCAAACUAAAGGGCAAAGGAGUAUGGAUGGCUAUCCAGAGCAGUUUUGUGUGAGAAUAGAAAAGAAUCCUGGCCUUGGAUUUAGUAUCAGUGGUGGAAUUAGUGGACAAGGAAAUCCAUUUAAACCUUCUGACAAGGGUAUCUUUGUUACUAGGGUUCAGCCUGACGGACCAGCAUCCAACCUGCUGCAGCCUGGUGAUAAGAUCCUUCAGGCAAAUGGACAUAGUUUUGUACAUAUGGAACAUGAAAAAGCUGUAUUACUACUGAAGAGUUUCCAGAACACAGUAGACCUAGUUAUUCAACGUGAGCUUACUGUCUAAAUAUUUUUUAUAAAUAGUGAAGAUACGUCUAGCCAGACCUAAUGUUCAAAAAUAAAUUUAUACAUAGAAACAAAUUUUGCCAAUUGCUGGACCAAUGGCAAACAUUAGUGCCAAAUGUAUAAUACUAUAUGUUAGCACUGGUCAUCCUUAAAAAUGUUAACUAUAUAAAUAUGAUGUUCAUGUGGUUAUGUAUUAUUUUAACUGUCAGCCUCUGGCUGUGCAUUGGUGCAGUUUUGGUUUUGGUUUUGUUUUUUUUUUUUAAUCAAAUAAGUUUCUUCUUGAAGUGGAUUUCAUAUAAUUUCGGAGCACGGAAGCACACACAAGCUCUUUACGAAUUCUGCUCUCCAUCAGAAACACUGCCUCAAAGUUGUAUAUGACUUUAUAUAGAAAAUACAAAUAUAAAGAAUUGUAAUUCCCAUAAAAUAUUUCUAGCACAAGGUACAUGUUGGCAUAUAUACAAAAAGAAUAUAGAGAAAAAACAAUAUUUUCAUAAACUAAACAUCUCGGAUUGAGAAAGAAAAUAUAUCUUAAAAUAAGACUUUACUAUAUUGAAUCUUUUUCAAUAAAAAUUACAAGAUAAUGCCUUAUGAAAGCAACUGUACAUAUGGUAUAAAGUGUUUAUAUUUGGUUCCAUAUUCAUUUGCUAAAUUCUCAUAACACAGAGUGAAAUAUUUCAUAAAUUAGCCAUUAAUCUCUGCGACCUGAAUAAAAAUAGGACAAACUAAUUUGUUCAAUGCCUUUAGCUAAUUACAAAACAUGCAGAGUUAAGAAACAGACUAAAGGUCAUUGUAGAUAAAUCUUUUUCACCCCAAAUGUAAGCAGUGAAUGAUGGGUGGCAGGAAAGGUGUUGCUUUAUUUCCUUCAAGUUUAUGUUGAUUAUAAACUGUAGCCCCUGUGAUUUCUUUACUUGUAAAUGUGGAAUUUAUUUGUGUGUUGCUUUAUCCAAUUUGCUACUUUUAAAUCAUUUAAAAUGAGUUUGGGGUAUUGAUAAAAUUUAUCAUUAAGAAAGACUAUUGUUAGAAAGUUAUGGUGGGUGAUAAAAAACUUUGGUAAUUAAAUAUGAAACUUCAAAUAUAAGUUCUCAGAGCCUUGGUCUACCUGUAUUAUUAAUUUCUGUGCCUGUUUUUGAGGGCAGAAAUAGAGAAAAUACCUUUUUUCCCCCAAAGUUUCAAAGUAUAUACAAUUCUAAAUUGUCUCACUGAAAACAAAGAUUAGCAUAAUUAGUAUAGAAUUCGUUAUGUUUACAUUGGAAAUGUUUUUCUCUAUAAAUGAUCAAAAUUCAUUUUAUAAUCCUUUAAAAUAUUUCUUUUAUAUAUUAGUCAUUAAUUUGAUUAAAAUAUUAGUUUGAAAUUCCAGAAUAAUUUCCCAGAGUUGGUUAUAUGCAUUCUCUCUCAUAUUUUCACAUAGCUCUCUUUUUUAAAAUAUAUAUAAUGGAUUUACUUUACAUGCUAGUGUUCCAAGUAUUUUGUUAGAAUUUUCACAAGUGUCACAUAUUGAUGUCACCAAAGCUCUGAGAGUAAUAUUUGUAAGUUACUGUUUUAUGGGGACAUUGAAAAUAUUGUAUUUUUGUAGGGUCUAUUAAAAUGAGUGUCACUUAUUAGAAGUACAGUGGUAUUUUUUUGGCAAUAGAAUUUGUCACUUGAAGGCAAAUGAUACUUCACUUUAUAGAUGAGGCACUAAUUUUGAUGUUGCUUUAUGUCAGAGUGACAUUAUACUAUGAUUUUGUAGGCUUUGACAUUUAGCAAAUGAUUAAAUGAUUGGCCUCUUUAAUAUGCUUCCCAGAAGUAACUUUUAAAUGCAUUUUAAUAUAUUGACAGUUUCUGAUGAGAAAUGUCUUUCAGAGCCUAAUUUUUUCUUUGUCAAAACCUCACACCAAACCACCAUAUCCAGCCACUGGAUAGUCAAGAUAGAGGCCCUCACUGACCUCGCAAGAUCACUUAAAGGAAAAACAAACCCAUGGGAGUAGUUCAGUGGCAAUGAAGCACCUCCAAUCAUCCCAUUAGUUUUGUUUAAUCUUUUAUGGGAGAGGUGGGAGAAGAGCCAGAUAAAGGACCUCCCAAGUCUUUUUUCUUAUGUCAGGUUUCCACAUCAAACCCAGGGCUUCAGGAGAUGCUUCUGAGGCCAAGCUGAGAGGCUCAUAAUCCUAGUAAACACCUCUACACUCCUAAUGUGACAACAUUGUCUUGGGCCAUGCUUUAAUCCUUCCUGUUCUCAGGAAAUGAGGAAAAGAGAAAAGGGAUCCCUGACCAACUGGAAAAGAAAUCUGAUGUGCCAAAGCACCUCAUUGUCAAUUGUACUGCCAUGCUGCAUACUGAAAAAAGGCAGGUAAUAUUGAAAAGAGGUAUUUUUUUUUUUUAGGUGGACUGAAAAAAAUCACUGAUCACUUACAGGGGAAAAAAGUCUAAUUGAUUCCAUGGGUGACCAAAACCAAUAAUACACUGAUUUCUGAGUAUUGCCUUUUUCGGAUAAUUGGCUUUACUUUCUGAAAUUAUUGUCUGGUUUAUGUUAACAAAAACAAACAAACAAAAGUUAAGGGUGUGCCUUUAAAAAAAAGAAAAAACAACAACCACAAAAAAGGAGUGGAAUUCAUGAUGACUCCAAUAGACUCACCUUGGUCUUUGAUUUUUAUUGGAAUCUUUCUGCUGAGGAAGCUGUCCUGUACCUAACAGAGGGGUAUGAGAAAAAUCAGAGGUGGAAUAAGCACUAAAAAUUAUUAUUAGAAUUGCUGCAGAUUUUGCAAGCCAAAUUGGCAUUAGUGGACAGUUUUUAAAACUAUUUACAUGGCUUAUCAUACAUUGUCACAAAAGCUCUAUUAUGAUAAUUCCAGCCUGCCAGACAACACAAGCUACCUAAACAAACAUAACAAUUUUAAAGUAAAAGGGUACUUUUGACAAGGCAUUUUGAAAGUCAAUAUAACAUACAAAUAUGUAUAUCAUGCUGAUUUAUUGUUCAUUGAAAUCUAUAAAAUAUAUGUGUUCCAGUUAAUAAGAAUUGUAAUUACAUAGAUGUCAAACAGCCCUGGUUGUUUUGGGGCCUUAUGUUGGAUUGUGUUUUGGGGAUGGAAAGCAGUUUUAAAGAGAGGGUGACAAAUCAGCAUUAAUUUAUUCUUAAUCUUAAAGAUGAUUACACAUAUAUCACUAAUAUAAUUACUUUCUAAAAGUAGGACUGAAAUACCUUUUACUGGGAGAGCUAAAGAGAGGGAAUAUUCAAAGGGAGGAAGGCUUUGAAGAAAUUAGUCUUAUAUAUUCAUAUAUUAGGUGAAAAGUAUCUGAAUUUGCCAAAAUAAUUGAUGAAGCCAGAAAAACAUUUUACUUUUAUUCAUAAAAUUGAUUUAAUAUCUCCACCACAAUUUAAAGCUUUGGAAAAUAUAGUGUGUUUGCCAACUUGUCUUUCCAUUGGCUUUUAAUGCUGUCCUCAGUAAAUUUCUGCCCCUCACUGGCACACAGAUCAAGAAGGUGUAUUCUGACGAAUACCCUCUUAUCAAAGGGCAAUACAACAUAACCAGAUAAAAAGCCACGUUGGCAUAAGACCACCACUGUAAAUCUUUGGUAAAUUCAAUCAGACAACAUAUUCGACUGAUUCCUGAUAUACUGACCAAACAGCAGGUUUAUUGAAAUACUGGGUCAGUAAAAAGUUAUGCAAAUAAUGAAACCUAAUAAGUUAAGAAGAUGAGUCCUUCAUGUAGUAUCAAGAAAAGUAGGGCUGAGUGUCUAGUAAAGUUCCUCUCACAGAAAUGCUAAAUCAUUCUGAGGCUUAAUAAAAUGUUCAGACACUGGGUUGGUGAUGUGCCCUCUCUUAUGGUUGUAGUUACCUGAUCAUCUGGGAAUUGGGGGGAAAUCAUCAGAUUCAAAAUCACUUGCAUGAACUUUUUCCUUAGCAAUACACCUUCCAUUAAGAAAAGCAUCCUGACUUGGCCCAGAGUAUUUCCCCCAUUGCUCAGCAAAACCAUCCCCCAAGUGUACAUUAUAGCAAGAAAAUAGAAUGUGGGCUGUGGAAAAAUAAAUGUGCACCAAAGAAAGCAUGUAGGGCAAUAUUAUAGGAGAUCCUGUGUAUCAGCUCUCCUAUGCAAUCUUUCAGCUUCAUUCGAUCUAAACUAUUCAGAGAAUAUUUUUUGAAACACCCCACUGUCUAAAACUAAGGCAGAUACAAUCAAAUUUUCUAGUUAUAUUCUGAACGUUCUGGGGGGCAUUUGUGUUUCUAGUAUGCAAAACUGACCUCUCUUCCUCACUGCUGCUGCUGCUGUACAUCCAUUCCUUCAACUCCCCAUGAUGUUCCAAAGGCAGUAAAUGACUUCUUCUAUCCUGCUGACACAAGAAUAAGAGGCCCCCUUAGAGUUCUGUUUGGAGACCCCUGAGUAUCAGCUAAUGGUUCCAGCUCCCAGUUUGGGAGGAACUUUCUUGGGUGAUCAAGGAACUUGGAAUAGUAGCAUUAACAAAGGCUCAAAGGUGAAAGCACUUAUGUGUCUGACAACAUCAAACAAAGCUUGUAUACAAGCGUGAAGGUGGCAAUGCCUUAGUCGAACUGUUUCCACUUCUGUUUUUAAAAUGUUGAACUUUACGGUAUUGAGGACUCUCUCUGAGGCUCCCAGCUGAUUGUUAUGGGGACAGGUUGCAAUCGUCUUCACCUUUGACACUGUCUGCAAGAGAAUGGUUUGGAAACACUAUCCUGUGAGGGUAUAAAUUGUACAACUUUUACUUUGGAGAAUUCUGAGAUUUCUGAUAAAUGGAGGGGGAAAGUCCACUCUAAGUUUUGAUUAAAAAGAGUAAAUGAAAACCUAGGAAUAUUGAAGCCUUUGGGCUUUUAACUAUGUGAUUAUCAUAAUCUUCCCUGAGAGCAGUUCCAUGGGAAGUAAAGAGAGGAAAAUAAUUCACUGGCUCCAACUUUAUAAGCAUUACUUUAUCUGGUAGUGUUUCCCCUGUUGGAUUUUGCUGUGUUAACAGUCAGCUCAUGCUUUGUAACAACCCAUUGAGCACUGAACAAGAUAAGAAGUGGACCUGGAUGUAAGGCAGGCACAAAUGAGAAGUGUAUCUCUUCAGCCACACAAAUAUCUCCCCAAAUUAGCCUGGGCUGCAAAACUCACUUUUUUUGCCUAAUUUUGUUUUUGUUAAUAGCAGCACUUCAGAGUGGAAGAUUGUGAAAUUCAAGCAGUGUUUAUGUAGAAAGCACUGAAAUCCUGUGACUCUUGAGGUUGUAGGCCUUGCCCUUUUUUUGGGGAGGGGGGAGGGAGAUUUUAAAGUGUUUCAUUCUUUAAGCUAGCAUAAUUUUCAACGUGUGUAGGAAAGGUGGUUGAGAAAAAAAGUUAAAUGAAUCAUCCAACCUUUCUCUACUUUUGAAAAUACAAAUAUUUUUUUCUUAAAACUAUCACUGUUGCACAAACACAAAUUGUAUUAUUUGUGCCAGUUUUUUUUCCUGCUUUAAAAUAACAUGAUGAGUAAGCAGCCUACAAAUAGUCAAGUAUCUCUGUACCUAGAGUAAAAUAUCUUAGUACAGAGACUUAUUUUCAUCACCAAUCUCCACAAUUCCUCCAUAGGAAAACAGUUACUGUAGCUGAAUCUCAGAUGCCUAAGGUAUGUCAUUCAUAAAUUCAAAACAUUUGGGGACAUUUUAUUGAAGAAUAUAACAAAAACAUUAAAUGCAAUGUUAAUAAAUAUUCGUUGAGCAUCUACUACAUACCAGGCACUGCAAGGGCUGUAACAUGGUGUCCUCUGCACAGAAAUCUCACAAUUAAGUGGAAAGAUGAGAAAACUUCCAGAUCAAAGACAAUGCAAGGCCAUAUGGUGAGUUCCUUUGUCCCUGCCCUCAGCCCAUGUAUUGCAAAAGGAAGCAGCAUCUUUAUCUAGUCAAAUCUCUUUUGGGUUUGAGCAUGGUUUCUCCAUUUGGAGCUACAGAUAGGUCUCCCCACUGGGUCCUAUGGCCUUUGGGAGGCCAUAUGAAUGUUUUCCAAGACUUAGGACAAUAUUUGACAGGCUAGAAGUGGCAAGAGUAGAUGCCUUACUGGACAAGAUAAAUAGCAGCUUCAAAUCUGUGAAAGAGAAUUUUGCCAAAUUAUUCUCUCCAAAGAAGAGAGAGACUAUUAGAAAAAAUGAUGUCCCUCAACCUGACUCAGCACUGUGUCUAUAUGCCUCUGACAUGAUGGAGGAAAGAGAUAGAAGUCAGUAUUUUAAAAGGCUUGGCAUGUUUGAUUGAAGAGAUUCUUCUAUGUUGAAUGCCCCCAAAGAGUCCCUCCUAUGACCACUGCCUCUUAUAGACUGUCAGGAAGCAUGUGAGUCCAUAGGGUCGGAUAUUAGAGUGACCCCCUCAGAAAUGCAAUGAGUUGAAUAUUCAUUCAGCUGGCUGCACUUCAUGUUUAUUUACUUCAGUUCCUUCAGUGUGGUGAAGAGUAUUUUCACUGUGCGCUGUUCAGCCCAGCCCAUGAAAAUACUGUUUGCAUGAGGUAGGAUCACACAUAUUCACAUAUCAUAGACAUCUAUUUAUUCUUCCAAGGAAAGUCUGAUUACCUGAAUCUAGGAAUUGCUUGUUUUUCUUCACCCAAUCUAUACAUACUCAGUGUUUUAGACACCUAAAAAUCCUUCCUUUCACUGAGUACUUUCUAAUCUCAACCUUUGCCCAUAAUGAUCCCUCUACUGGAAUGUCUUCCUCCCCCCAUUCUCUUUCUACAUUAUCAAAAUUAUAUGCAGCCUUCAGGGUCCAGCUCAAACAUUACCACCAUGAAACUUUCCCUAAUCUUAAUUGGAAGAAAUUUCUCUCCCUCAUGUUAAUACCAUCAUAUUAUUUUUUGUAUGCUUUACAGUACUUACCACAUUCUAUCAACAGUCAUAGAGGUUUGACAUAUAUUUGCUCUUUCCUCUCCUAUCACCUGUGUGCUCCUUGAGAGGACCAGACAAUACUUAAAAGAGGCAUUCUAGACAGAAUAGCUUUGAGAGGGCACAUCUGGUUUUCUUUAGUAUGUAUCCUUAGUGCCUGUCAUAGUGUCAGAUGCAUUGUAGGUGCUCAAUAAAUAUUUGUACAAUGAUUAAGUGGAUGAUAGGCCUGGCACAUAAACACAUUUAAUAAAUACUGAAUUAACAGGAAGUUGAUGUUCAAUUUACAUAAUAAAUUUAAACCAUGAAACUUUCAUUUUCUCAGUUCAUUCCUAAUUUUUCUUUCUUCAAUUCUCCCUUUUAACCCAAUCCUCCUCUCCUCCUUAGCAUUUCUUCUAAGACCUUUUAGGUUACUGUGCUGUGUUUCAACAGCUGUAUUUAAUUUCCCUUUUAUGUGUUCUAAGGACCUUAACACUGUCCAAAAAGUUUAAGAAAUGGCUUUUGUUCACUGAAUUGGAGUACAUCAUAUCUAUCCUUUUGAUUUGUUUGGGUCUUCUUUUCUUCGAAGGAGUCAUGCAGAUUGAUGCCAGAAAUCUCUCAGAGAAAUGAGUGCAUAAGGUUGAACUUUUAGUGCCAUGGUCUUGGUCUUACAGGCAGCUUAGAGAUAAUUAAGCCCAGUUCCCUCAUUUUACCGGAGGCCCGAGGCCUGGAGAGGUGAAGCAACGC